AUGGGAGACAGGUAUGCGAAGCUCCGUUAUGAGACUUUUCGGUCUAAAGCAAAUUACGCUUCUGCAGCGUCUUCUCGCAAUGACCGAAGUGCUAUGCAAAAAGCGCCUACCAGUCACGUAUCGCACCGUCUCAUUGAGAAAAAUGACAAGGCUCAAGAAGAGCGACAAGUGGCACAUAUCGUGAUCCCAGCCUCAUCAAUCGAUACAGCGUGUUUGCCCCUGAACCUAGAGGAGGCAGUAUUCGCCAACGUCCGUUCUGCAAGAGUUGGCAAGACUUUGAUCGGAAACGAUGGCCGUCUGAGAGAGCCCGAUCUGCCCAGCUUCAAACAAAGCGAGAAUUUCGCAUCUUGUGGAUGGUGUCAUCAGGUACUCAAUCGGUCUGUAUUACAUGCGACUCGGAAGGGAUGGUCGGCUGAAGGGAGACGCCAUUAUCUGCGCGAUCUCCAGCCCUACAUGUGUCUGUCGGAAGGCUGUCGUGAAUCUCGGCCCUCGUUCGCCUCGUCAUUCGAGUGGUUUAAUCAUAUGGAGUCGGAUCACACGGACUCCUGGUCGUCGAGAAUACACAAUCAGCCGGCCUGGAUGUGCAUUGCAAAACAUGAAAACGACUCAGUCUACACUUUCUCUUCCAAGGACGAACUACUCAACCAUAUCCGAGCUCAUCAAUGCAAGACUUGGGUAUGCACUGGCGUGCAUGAAAACCAUUCAACUUCUGCCUUCUCUUCUAGAGAUGCAUUAAGUCACCAUAUCUUACAUGAUGGGUGCGAUGGCAAGGAUGUCCCGGACAGUAACGAUCCCAAGUAUCCUGAGUGUCUCGUUCAGACUUCACGACAGUCGUCUUCAUGUCCGCUUUGUCUGUUCUCGGUGGAUGACCAAUCAUUGGAUGAUCGGAGUGCGUCGGGUAGCGAUGGCAAAGAGAACCUAGCCACCUCACGGGCAAUGGGAUCACACAUUGCUGACCACCUUCACCACGUUAUGAUCAUUUCUCUGCAGAUCAUGUCGGUUAUGCAGGGUCCAUACGAUGAAGGCGAUGGCGAUACCCUGAGUCAACCGAGUGCACUGAGCACGGUAUCAUCGGACCCCUUUGAGGAAUCGAUGGAGAAGCGGCUCAAUGACUUACCUGAGAAUGUCCAAGGAUCAAUAGGAUGGUCUGACACACAGGAGGACACAGGCAUUAUGGCAAAUCGACUGAACGAUUUUUUCGCCGAUGACAAACAAAGAAACGUCACAUACACUGACUCUGAGAUCCAACAGAUCUCCUUCCUCUUAAGUCAAGACAAUCUGCUAUGGAGCAAAGUUCCGAGAACAUACAUUGUCCUUCGGACUAUCGACUGCUUGGAUUCUCUUGACUAUUUCAUCAGGGAUGGCAUCCGUGAUAUCUUGCUUCCCCUCACCGAGCGGGAGAUCCCAUCAUGUAUCUCGCCAAGCAAGCACUCGCAAUUCAUGGCUGCGCAGGAUCUAAUAAUGACUAAGUCAAUGUACCUUGAGAAGGGCCAGCAUUGCUUUUAUGGGGAGCAUGAAAUUCUUCCGCUCAAGAUGGAAGAGCACCUUGGUUCUGGAUCGUCGAAGACCGUUGAUCGGGUUCGUAGUUUCAUCAGUUACCGAGAAUAUGCGCUAAAGCGAAUAUCCCGGAGAAAAUUGACCGGUGAAGGACGACUACUUAGCACGAAGCGCAUUCUCGAUAUAAUGGCGGUCGUUAAGCGUACAGAGCACCGUCACCUGGAGAAGUUUGUUGGGAGCUUUAUUGAUCCAGAGUCCAUCGGUUUAAUCAUGUCUCCCGCUGCUGAUGCAAAUCUUUCUGAUUAUCUUUCUGGACCCAUGAUCGUCACCCCCAUGGUGUUGCGCACCUGGUUUGGUUGUCUGGUUCGGGCGCUCGAAUAUCUACACAGGGAGACGAUUCGGCACGACAAUAUCAAACCAAGUACUAUCUUGGUGCAUCAUGGUAAUGUCCGGUUUUCAGAUUUCUUGAUGGGUGAUUUCAACAAAAGCCUCCGCACGCCAGGCGACACGCUGGACGAAAUGACGCUGAGAUAUGGUUCACCAGAAGAAGUCGCCCUCAAACCGCUCAGCCGGCAUGCCGACAUCUGGAGACUAGGGGUUGUCUUCCUUGAGAUGGCGGCCAAACUCAAGGGCAGCUCGGCUGGGCAUUUCCACAAUUUCAUACAAACGCAUGGCUCAAAGCAGCCGUAUUAUCACGCAAAUCUUGCUGGUGUUCAGGCCCUUAUCAUUGAGCUCGAAAAGAUUGGUAAGCCUACCGACAACGUAGCGCUUGCGUGGUCUCAGUCAAUGAUCACUUUCGAUCCAGGCCUGCGGCCAAGCGCAUCAUGGUUGAUCAAAUCUAUCACUAGUGAUGGCAAACUUCGGGAGAGCGAAUGGUGUUGCAGGUUUUGUUACGCUUCUCUUCCACCACUGAGCUAG